AUGCGGUACGACGAGCGCAGCAAGCCGAUGGCACAGCAGAAGCACAUGCGGUACGAACUGCCACAAAAGCCGAUGCGGUACGAAGCGUAUAUGCCGUUGAACACACGCAUCGAACAGCAACAGCCAAUGCCGCCGUCCAUGCGGUUUGAACAGCAGUAUCGGUCUCCACAACAGCAACAGCCAUCGUCUACUCGGUACGGGCAACAACAACAAACACAGAACAAACCUCCGUCGAAUGGGUAUGUAUUUAUUAUAAUUAAUAGCUAG